AUGGCCGACUGUGCAGCCGCUAAACUGAUGCAGCAGACUAAUGAAGAAUGGGCAGCAGCCUUCAAUGCGAACUUCGAUGCUGUUUGCCUGAGAUUCUGGGAACGAAUGCGGGAGAGAAGCUCGCAACCGGUACAGAAACCAGCCACAACGGCAGCACGCCGCCACACACCCCCUUGCAAGCAUGCAAAGCAUCCAAGCAAAGGGUUGCCACUGAAUGAGCGGGUGCAGGGCACUGUGGCCCGGUGGUGGAAGCGACGGAGGGACAUGGACCGCCCCAAGACAACACACAAUAAUGGAGCAAAGGCGCCAAAGACUCCUGUGGGAGGCUCGUGUGGACCACCCUCCACCCGACAGGGUCAUCGCGGCCCACAACAAACAAAGCUCCACAACCGGAAUGAAAGCCUGCAGACAUCAACUGCCCACCGCAUCGCCAACACCGUCCGGACAGAUCUAAGAGGCAGAAAGACAAAGCCACCCGUCUCACACCCAGCCGACGACGGCUCCAGAUUACAGCCCGGACCAGGUACACCACAGCUAAACAGCGCACGCAUAUACGAGACACAACACCGACGGCAGAUAUAUAAGACGGUGAAAGGGAGCUCACACUCUUCUUGGCAGUCUGGACAUUACUUAUCGGGCAUAGGCUGA